GAUACAGAACACUUCCUGUGGUGAAAACUAAAAGAAGGCUCUGGUCCAUUCCUGCUUUGGAGAUUAUGGGAGAAGGAAGAUGGCUAGAACUUUAUAUCCACUUCAUGUUCUCUGGCCUCUGGAGUGGUUGCAACUGCUCUUGGGAUCUGGAAUAGCACCUCUAACCUGGGCCCUCAACCUGGACCCAGUGCAGCUCACCACCUACACAGGUCCCAAUGGCAGCCAUUUUGGAUUCUCGCUGGACUUCUAUAAGGACAAACCUGGGAGUGUGGCCAUAGUGGUGGGCGCCCCGCGAACCCUUGGCCCCAAAGGGGUAGAAACUGGUGGUGUGUUCCUGUGCCCUUGGAGAGCCAAGGGCGACAAGUGCAACUUGCUGCCGUUUAACUUGAAUGAUGAGACCCGAGAAGCAGGCUCCCAGACUUUCCAAACCUUCAAGACCCAGCAAGGACUGGGGGCAUCCGUGGUCAGCUGGAAGGACAAAAUCGUGGCCUGCGCCCCCUGGCAGCACUGGAACGUGAUAGAAAAAAUGGAAGAAGCUGAGAAGACGCCCGUAGGUGGCUGCUACGUUGCUCAACUCCAGAACGGGAGUCGGGCCGAGUACUCGCCCUGCCGGGCCAACACCAUGAGCUGGUUUUAUGAGGACAAUCCAUAUAGCAAAGACCUGCGCUACUGCGAAGUGGGCUUCAGCUCUGCAGUCACUCAGAAUGGAGAGUUGGUGCUCGGGGCCCCUGGCGGCUAUUACUUCAGAGGUCUCCUGGCGCGGGCUCCAAUUGCCGAUAUUGUCUCGACUUACCGCCCCGGCACCCUCCUGUGGUUCCUGUCCACCCAGCGCAUCACCAACGACAACAGAUACUCAGAGUACUUCGACGGCUACCUGGGGUACUCGGUGGCCGUGGGCGACUUCGACGGGGAUGUCAGCACCACAGAGUAUGUCUUCAGCGCCCCCACUUGGAGCUGGACCCUGGGAGCGGUGGAAGUUUUGAACUCCAACUACAAGAUGUUGUACCGGCUGCAUGGAGAGCAGGUGGCUUCAUAUUUUGGGCACUCGGUGGCUGUCACUGAUGUCAACGGGGACGGGAGGCACGACCUGCUGGUGGGGGCGCCACUGUUCAUGGAGCACCGUGCCAACCGAAAGCUGGCCGAGGUGGGGCGCGUGUAUUUGUUCCUGCAGUCGCGGGGCCCCCACGUCCUGGGUGCUCCCAGCCUCCUGCUGACCGGCACUCAACUCUAUGGACGGUUUGGUUCGGCCAUUGCACCCCUAGGCGAUCUCAACCGGGAUGGCUACAAUGAUGUGGCAGUGGCUGCCCCCUAUGGGGGUCCCAGUGGUCAAGGCCAAGUUCUGGUGUUCCUGGGUCAGAGUGAGGGGCUCAGCUCACGGCCCUCCCAGGUUCUGGACAGUCCCUUUCCUGCAGGCUCUGGCUUUGGCUUCUCCCUUCGAGGUGCCACAGACAUCGAUGACAACGGAUACCCAGAUCUGCUGGUGGGAGCCUAUGGGGUUAGUAAGGUGGCUGUGUACAGAGCUCAGCCUGUGGUGAUGGCCACUGUGAAGCUGCUGGUCCAAGAUUCACUGAACCCUGCUGUGAAGAACUGUAAGCUGAGCCAGACCAACACACCAGUGAGCUGCUUUAACAUACAGAUGUGUGUGGGAGUCACAGGGCACAACAUUCCUCAAUGUCUGCUUCUAGAUGCUGAGCUGCAGCUGGACCAGCUAAAGACCCGCCAGGGCCGAAGAGCGCUACUGCUAAUCUCUCAGCAGUCCAGCACCACCCUGCACCUGGAUCUGGGGGGACGGAGCAAAUCCAUCUGCCACAACACCACAGCCUUCCUCCGAGAUGAGGCCGACUUCCGGGACAAGCUGAGCCCCAUUGUGCUGAGUGUCGACGUGUCCCUACAGCCUGAGAAAAAUGGACUAACCUCUGCUCUUGUGCUACAUGGAGACACACAUGUCCAGGAGCAGACCCGAAUCAUCCUGGACUGCGGAGAUGAUGACCUGUGUAUACCCCAGCUUGAGCUCACUGCCAAUGUAACUGGCUCACCACUCAUGAUUGGAGCUGACAAUGUGCUACAGCUGCAGGUGAAUGCAGCCAACGAGGGUGAAGGGGCCUAUGAGGCUGAGCUGGUGGUACACCUGCCCCCAGGUGCCCACUACAUGCAGGCCUUCGGCAACAUGGAGGGCUUUGAACGUCUCAUCUGUAACCAGAAGAAGGAGAAUGAAACGAAGGUGGUGAUGUGUGAGCUGGGGAACCCCAUGAAGAAGAAUGCCCAGAUAGGAAUUACAAUGCUGGUGAGUGUGGGGAACCUGGAAGAAGUUGGGGAUCAAGUGUCCUUCCGGAUGCAGAUCAGGAGCAAGAACAGCCAGAAUCCAAACAGUAAGAAGUUGCUGCUGGCUGUGCCUGUGCGGGCAGGGGCCCAAGUGGAGCUGCGUGGGAACUCCUUUCCAGCCUCUCUGGUGGUAGCAGCAGAAGAAGGCAACGGAGAAAACAGCACAGAAAACUGGGGCCCAAAAGUGGAGCACACCUAUGAACUAUACAACAAGGGGCCUGGUUCUGUAAGUGGCCUUCAUCUCCACCUGCAGCUCCCUGGCCAGUCAGGGUCCUCAGAUCUGCUUUACAUCCUGGAUAUACAGCCACAGGGGGGCCUUCAGUGCUCCCCACAGCCCUCUCCCAACCCCCUCAAGCUGGACUGGAGGCCGCCCACCCCCAGCCCGACUUCUGCUCUCCCUGCCCACCACAAGAGGGAGCGCAGACAUGCCUUCCAGCAGAAGCAGCCCUCUGGGCUCCAGGAUCCAGUUCUUGUGAGUUGCGACUCGGCGCAGUGCACUGUGGUGCAGUGCGAGCUGCAGGAGAUGGCGCGCGGGCAGCGGGCCAUGGUCACCGUGCUGGCGCUCCUGUGGCUGCCCACCCUCCGCCAGAGGCCCCUGGAUCAGUUUGUGCUGCAGUCGCAAGCCUGGUUCAACGUCUCCUCCUUUCCCUACACGGUGCCCGCCCUCAGCCUGCCCAGCGGGGAAGCCGUGGUGCGGACACUGCUGCUCCGUGUCUUGGAGGAGAGGGACGUUCCAAUCUGGUGGGUGCUGGUAGGCGUUCUGGGUGGCCUACUGUUGCUCACACUCAUGAUCCUGGCCAUGUGGAAGGUUGGCUUCUUCAAGCGGAACCGGCCACCCUUGGAAGAAGAUGAAGAUGAGGAGUGAUGAUGCAGCCUUGCUGUGUGCUGCCAGUGAGUGGCUGCUCUGUCCCUUCUCUAAUGAGUGGCCUGAAAAUUCUGGUUACCCAUAAAUUCUUCUAUACAUACUUCUUGGUGCCUCUUCUCCCAGCUGAGCUGGACAGCCCCCUUCCCUGAUGACCAAUACAGAGGCUAAGCUCUACCAACCCUCACCCCCUUUUGCUACCUUUUCUUGGGGUCAGAGGAGAAUAGUUAUGCUUGGAAUGGGAAUCUAGGGCCCACAGAGUGUGAGUUUCCCAUGAGUCAAUAAUUAAACCAUUACCUUUCCAAUAAAAUUAUUUUAAAAAUAACUAAAAAUAAAGAGAAGCGUGAGUAGUGGG